AUAAAAUCAAAAUCUUUAUUCCAGCAUUCUUUCUUUCUUUUUAUUGAAAUCCAAGGUGGAAAAUCUAUUGCAGUUGAAUGCAGUGAAGAGGACUUAAGCUGCUUAAGAAAACCUGAUCUUCAAGAACAGUCAACGGAAAGACAAUCUGCAGUGGACAAAGUGGCUCUGUUGAUGGGCAAUAUGAGCUAUUGUAAUCAUCCCAAACUCAAGGCUCCAUUAGUGGAUGUUUAUGAUCUAACCAACUUGCUCAGGCAGCUGGACUUCAAAGUGGUUUCCCUGCUGGAUCUUACCGAACCUGAGAUGAGGAAUGCAGUAAAUGAAUUCUUAUUGCUCCUGGACAAAGGAGUUUAUGGUUUAUUAUAUUAUGCUGGGCACGGCUAUGAAAACUAUGGUAACAGUUUCAUGGUCCCUAUUGAUGCCCCAAAUCCAUAUCGAGCUGCAAACUGCCUCUGUGUGCAAAACAUUCUCAGACUGAUGCAAGAAAAGGAUACUGGACUCAAUGUAUUUUUACUGGAUAUGUGUAGAAAAAGGAAUGAAUACGACAAUACCAUUCUCAUCUUGGAUGCUUUGAAGGUUACAGCUAACAUUGUUUUUGGAUAUGCCACAUGCCAAGGAGCAGAAGCUUUUGAAAUUCAACAGUCUGAAUUAUCCAAUGGGAUUUUCAUGAAGUUUCUGAAGGAACGCUUGUUAGAGGACAAGAAGAUUACUGUACUUCUUGAUGGUGUGGCAGAAGAUAUGGGCAAGUGUCACCUUACCAAAGGCAAGCAGGCUUUGGAGAUUCGCAGCAGUUUAUGUGAGAAGAGGGCAUUAACUGAUCCUAUUCAGCAAACAGUAACCUCACCAGAGGCACUAGCACGGAAUCUACAGUGGGCAAAAGCACAUGAACUUCCUGAAAGCAUGUGCCUCAGUUUAAUUGUGGCGUCCAAAUUCAGCUUGGUUUUGCUGCAGAAUUCUCCAAUGUGAUGGUUGUCUAUACAAGGAUAAUAAGAAACCACCUGAAAUUACAGUGUGCAAAGCUUAUGUCACAGAUUUCCUCUUGAUUUGGAUGUAGAUCCCAAAGAGGCAAAUAAGGGGACUCCUGAAGAAACUGGCAGCUAUUUGCUUUCCAAAGACUUGCCAAAACAUUGUCUCUAUACUAGAAUAUGUUCCCUACAAAAGCUAAAGGAAGACUUAACUUUCACAGUUUCCUUACACUAUGAAUAUGCUGGAGUAGAUGAAGUUGUGGAUGAAAGGAAAGUUGUUAACAUUGGCAAACCGCUCAUUGCCAAAUUACGCAUUCAUCAAGGAUUCAGGAAGAAUAGAUGUUUCCAGAGCUGUUGUGUACCUAAUGGGCCUUGUUUUACCCAGUCAUCUGAUGCAGGGCCAGCUGUAUUUUGCCCCUCUCAUCAGAAUCAACAGCCACAUCCCUAUGCUGGCUUUCCCCAGCCAAACUCUGUUCACUCAGAGGGCAUUUUGCAUCCGGCAAGGUGCCAGUGUGAUAUCACUCCAAAUAGAUUAAUUGCAUGGCAAUCGACAUGGCCGUAUUCAUUAAGUUCAAACCAAGACAAUAUACCUGUGGAAACAACAGAUGAACUAGAAUCCGAUUUCUCAGGAAAUUUAAGAUUGUCUCGUCAACAGUAGCCAAAUUGCUUACAUGGCAGUUGUUGGUAACAUUCCUCAGGUAGGCAGUUGCAAUACUGCUUGUGCAUCUUAGGAUUUCAAAGGAGGGCAUUACCACUUGCAGAGAACAUUGAUGUGGAUCCAGACUAACUUUGGUCACAUGGAAGUCCCAAUGAAAUUAGUGGGACCUUGGUGGCUAACCUUGUCUGGGUCUACCCCACUGGAUAUACAGUACAAGUCUGUCUGUACUUUUAAAAACUGACAAGACACUUUUAAACAACUGGAAAGAUUUCUUGCUUCAUUCCCAGAUUUUUCCUAUGUUGAAAGUUAGGAAUAAGGAGACUGCAGGCCACAUGGUAAAACUUUUCUAGGACAUGGCCACAUAGCCUGAAAAACCUGUAAAAAACUAUGGAUGCCAGACCUUCAACUUCACACAUGGUAAUGGAGUAGCCAAAAAGGAUUUAGUUGAAGCAGUCUCUUGCCUUUUUGCAAAUCCAGGUACAGGUCAUGCAAGAGUAUGUUUGAUGUUCAGAGGAUAAUGUUGGAGUAGCAGAUAUUGAAAGUGACAGAUGUGUGAAAGAUGUUGGAAUCUGGUGGCCAUAUCUGGAAAAAAGAUAUUGGGUAGAGAAUAGAGUUUUGGUCUGAUCCAUCAGUGUGGAUACAAUCAUGAUGGCAGUAUUCGAUAUAAUAUGCUGUUAGGAAAUGUGACCGGGUGGGUGCAGUUAAUCUCAUGCCCUUAUGGGCUUCCCACAGGGGAAUUUAUUUGGUCAUGGGGAAACAGAAUGCUGGACUAGAUCAUCCUUUAGUUUGAUCUAUAUGUAACUAAUAUGAUAUCUUUAUUUCUGUUCUCUGAAUUAUUAAUGAAAUAUGUUCCAGAAUCUAUACUUUCAAAAACUUUAUUUAUUUUUAUUUAUUACAUGUAUAUACUGUCAUCCUCCCAGUGUGAGACCCAUUCACAAACGAUAAAACAAAGGGCCAAAGCAGACUGUAGAAAAAAUCCAGCUUGAGCUCUGGCUCAUUGCUAGGGAACUCUGAGAACUGUACUUUUAUAGACAUUUAUCCUUCUCUGUUAGAGAGCUCUAGUGCCACAACAAACUACAGUUCCCAAAAUUCCCUAGUACUGAGCCAGGGCUGUCAAAGUGAUCUCAAGCUGCAUUAUUUCUGCAGUGUGUUGUGGCCCAAAAUCAGCUAAAAUCAUAAUAAAAUCAUAAGUUAAACAAUAUAAAAUUAACAUAAGUUAAACAAGAAGACUCCCUGCAAGCAAUUAUUCGUUAAAAGUCUAUUUAAAUAAGAAAGUCAAUGAAAGGAGAGCAAGGAGGGGUCCAGUUUACCCUUCUAUGGAAGCAAAUUCCACAGACUGGGAGCAGCCACUGAGAAGGCUCCCUCCGUAUCCUCACCAAACAGGCCUGUGAUGGUGGCAGGACUGAGAGAAAGCCUUCCUCUGAGGAGGUUAAGACUGGCAGGUUCAUAUAAGGUGACAGGGUCUUUCAAAUAGUUAGGAUCUGAGUUGAAUGGGGCUUCAUAGCAACACUUGUGCUGAACAGUGUCUGAAUGGUCAACCCUAGAUUUUUUCACAGGGCUGGUUUAUAAUUCCUGAACUUGCAUUGUGCUUUAUCUGUUAAACCAGAUUGUCUUUCUGACAACUCAGUAGAGUCCAGAAAUUCAAUUCAUCUUAGAGUUUCUGAUUUCAGUUUCCCAUCAAUAGAAGGACAUUAGGCACUUUAGUUACUUCAGUUUCUUAUAAUGAUAACUGUGGUAGGAUUUGACAGUUCUCCACAGUGUAUACUCCAAAAACAUAAACCUCAGUGAAUGAUGACAUUUCUAGUAAUUCUUAAUUAUUUGGGAAACCAGUAGGAAAUAUGAGAGAUUUUUGACACCAGUAAAUUUCAAGACCAUCUGAAUGUCAUUGGUAAAUGUAUUUCUUAUUCAUUUUUAUCCUUUACUGGUAAAGGGUAGGACUUAGUGUGGCACAGAUGUUAACAAUGAAGUGUAUGCUUUUUGACACAAUCGUCUGUUAGACUUAGUAUGAUGCCAUUGUAGAAAUUUGUUUGAAAACUAAAUAACAAAUACAUGUUUUAAAUAUCCAUGUGCCUUAAAUAAAUUAUUCAGCUUUAUCAAUAAUUUGCAUCAUUUAAUAGUAAGUGCUGUAGUUUAUGAAAACACAUAUGUGAUAUAUUUAGUAGAUGAACCAAAUUGCUUUUUGGUCAUUUUCUUGUACUUACUAUGAUUUUUAUUUGAUACUGUGAAAUAAUUUGUAGUUUUUAUUGAAAGAUAUGUUUCAAACAAGAUGCUAUACUGGAGAUAAAAGAAUACAGUAUAAUCCAAAUAUAGAGAGUCUAUAAAAUUUC